CCAAUUCUAUUCUCUCUCAUUCCCUGCUCUGUUUUCUUCCCAACACCAUACUUUCCUAAUUAAUCAGUCCAAACUCAUCGAGAAAACCAAAAUGUUCAUGCCAUUAAUCCCGCGCCUAGUGGCAGUGGCCCUGCUGGUGGCGGCCGUCCCCGUCUCCGGCCAGCUCAACUCGCCGUGCACGGUGUCCAUGAUCUCAAGCUUCACUCCCUGCAUGAACUUCGUCACCAACAGCACCACCAACGGCACGUCGCCGAACGCCGCCUGCUGCAACUCACUGAGGUCGCUCGCGGGCAACAGCACCGACUGUCUCUGCCUCAUUGUCACAGGGAGUGUCCCCUUCCCGCUGCCCAUCAACCGAACUCUCGCCAUCUCCCUCCCGCGCGCCUGCAACACGCCCCGCGUCCCCCUCCAAUGCAAAGCUUCCGGUGCACCUAUUCCCGCUCCAGGUCCUACCGCAUUUGGGCCAGUUCGCUCUCCUGGGUUAUCCCCUCCUCCUAGUCCCCAAGGUCCUACCACAUUUGGGCCAGUUCGCCCUCCUGGGUUAUCCCCUCCUCCUAGUCCCCAAGCUUCUUCCGUUCCCGGAUCGAACUUAACACCCACUCCGGCGCCGGUGUCGGAAACGAUGCCGGUUCCCACACCGACAUCUCCUGGAGGAGAGUCCGAAGCUCCGACGGCGACGACGACGAAUUCCGGGAGCCGGCCCGCUCUGACCCCAUCAGCUGCGAUGCCCUCUUUGGGUGUUUCGCCAUCUCUUGUGUUGUUUGUGUUGGGAAUUACAGUUCUGAAGCAUUGGUAGAUUGCUGUGUUUGGCCGUCUCGCCUGCGUUUCUCUUGUUGUACUCUCAGAAUAUUAUUCUUUGUAGGGAUUGUGAUUAUUGUUUUUGGCCUUGUUCAGGUGAUCGGCAGUUGCUUUUGGGUCACUAUGUAUUAAAAUAAAAUGUCUCCUUUGAUUUUAUUAUUA